AUGUGUUUAUUUUUACAAGAACAAAUUGUGUAUUUGGGACGUCAAAUAACAGCUUCCGGCAUUCUACCCGAUGAAUCCGGUGUAAAAGUGUAUCGUAGUACUAAAGAACAUGCAAAUGAUGAUGCACUAUCUCGAAUGCCGCUGGGACCAGAUGUGGACUUUGAUAAGCAGGAGUGGUGCAAUAAUGUAAAAAAGAUAAAUUUGCCAACAAACCAUAAUCAAAUACAAAAGCAUGCGGCAAAUAUAAAUAACCGUGUUAAAAAAUUUGUCAGUGAAGGUUGGCCUAUAAAGUUAAAAGAUGGCGAGUUAAUGCUUAGAUUUACUCGUAAGCUUCAAUUGACAAUAGAACAGGGGUUACUUUGUCUACAGGGUAAUGCCACCCGUGUAGUAAUACCAAAAGCUUUACAAAAAAUUGUUUUGCAACUUUUGCAUGAAGGACACUGGGGCGUAAUAAAAAUGAAGCAAUUAGCACGUCAGCAUUGCUGGUGGGUCGGCAUAGAUAGAGAUAUCGAACGAAAAGCAGCAAAGUGUACUAUUUGUUGCAUAACUAGUGCUAGCCCCAAAAGAACAUAUGCAUCCUGGCCGACACCUGAAGCACCAUGGGUUCGCAUCCAUAUAGACUUCGCAGGACCUGAUUUCAAUGCAAUGUGCCUUAUUUGUGUGGAUGAUUUUUCGCAAUUUGCAUAUAUUAUUCGUUUAUCUGGUUUUCCCAAAUGCAUAGUCUGCGAUAAUGGGCCGCAAUUAACGUCAGAAAUGUUUAGAACGUUUUGCUAUAAAAAUGGUGUCAAACAAAUUACGACAGCUCCUUUCCAUCCAGCCCCGAACGGACUCGCAGAACGUUUCGUACGCACAUUUAAGGAAUCGGUAAAGAAGAAUAUCGAUGAUAAACUAUCAAUUAAUGAAACUGUGAUAAAAUUUCUCUCAUCUUAUCGGUUUUUACCUAACUCAGAAGGAAAGUCACCAGCUGAAAUUUUACACGGUCGUGCUGUUCGUACACUUGUAAGCCAAAUAUCCGAACCUUUUGGAAAUUAUGCGGAAAAUCUUAGUAAAAAUAAAUACGAUCUCUAUAAUACUGAAUAUUUACGAAAUUUCUCGAGUGGACUGAAAUAUAUAAAAGGUGUUAUAAAGAAACAACUAGGGAGAAAAGUAUAUAUCGUUCAAACAGCAACUGGUUGUUAUAAACACCAUCAAAACCAGUUGAAGCGUUGUGAAACCAAUAACCAAAAUAACCAAGAAAAUAAUAUUCAACCUGAAGAAUUGACAUGGCAAACAAUAUCAUCACAAACUCUUAUUCCAGAGCCUGAAAAGUCAGCUGUUAAUCCUUCAAAUGCAUUCGAAGAACUACGUCGAGCAUUAUGUCGGCACCACCAUCAAUUGAACACUUAA